CUUCUUCUUACAUCCUUCUUUUAACCUUUCCUUUUCAUUAUUCAACAAUGAGAGAAAUCAUUCACGUACAAGCCGGUCAAUGCGGCAAUCAAAUUGGCCAAAAGUUCUGGGAGACAAUUAGCGAAGAGCACGGAAUUGAUCCGAGUGGUGCUUAUGCAGGCGACAAUGAUUUGCAGUUGGAGAGAAUAAACGUCUACUACAAUGAAGGCUCUACUGGAAAAUACGUCCCACGUUCUGUACUUGUAGAUCUCGAACCUGCAACUAUGGAUGUCAUCCGUGCUAGCAAAUAUGGAAAGCUAUUCCGUCCAGACAACUUUAUAUUUGGCCAGUCGGGUGCUGGUAACUCAUGGGCCAGAGGCUUCUACACCGAGGGAGCUGAACUGGUCGAAUCUGUCCUUGACGUGAUCCGCAAAGAAGCCGAGAACACUGACUGUCUUCAGGGAUUCCAACUCUGCCAUUCGCUAGGUGGUGGUACUGGCUCCGGGCUUGGUUCUCUGCUGUUGUCCAAGAUUCGUGAAGAAUACCCCGAUCGUAUGUUGUGCACCUAUUCUGUCGUACCUUCUCCAAAAGUGUCCGAUACCGUAGUCGAGCCCUACAACGCCGUCCUGUCUGUCCAUCAGUUGGUCGAGAAUUGUGACGCCACAUUCUGUAUUGACAACGAAGCCUUGUACGAUAUCUGUUUCCGUACUCUCAAACUCAACAACCCUGGCUAUGACGAACUCAACCAACUUGUGUCUGCAGUCAUGUCAGGUGUGUCCACCUCUCUGCGCUUCCCAGGCCAAUUGAACGCUGAUUUGCGCAAGUUGUUCGUCAACAUGGUGCCCUUCCCACGUCUACAUUUCUUUAUGGUCGGCUUUGCUCCCUUGACUGCAUUUGCCUCUCAGCAAUAUCGCAAUCUCAGUGUACCCGAACUUACUGCCCAGAUGUUCGAUGCUCGCAACAUGAUGGCUGCAUCAGACCCACGUCAUGGCCGUUACUUGACAGUGUCGGCCAUCUUCCGUGGCCGACUCUCUACAAAGGAAGUUGAGAACCAAAUGUUGGCUGUCCAACAGAAGAACUCGUCCUACUUUGUUGAGUGGAUCCCCAGCAGUGUCAAAACCACCUUGUGUGACAUUCCUCCCGUUGGUCUCAAAAUGUCUGGCACUUUUAUCGGAAACAGCACUGCAAUUCAGGAGCUCUUCAAGCGCGUGAACGAGCAGUUCACUCUCAUGUUUAGACGCAAAGCAUUCAUGCAUUGGUACACGAGCGAGGGCAUGGAUGAGAUGGAGUUCACAGAAGCUGAGUCCAAUAUGCAUGAUUUGGUGUCAGAGUAUCAACAAUACCAAGAAGCUAGUGUAGAAGAAGGCAUGGAGGAAGAAGAAGAGUACAUCGAUGAGGAAGAAGAACAACCUCUUGAUGAGUAAAAUACAUAAUUACACUACAACAUAACAUAACCACCUAAAUAUCACCCAACCAAACACACACACACACACGUAUAUAUAUAUAUGUAUAUGUAUCUAUGUAUGUAUGUAUGUAUGUAUGUAAUCGCAUAUAAACUACAAACAAACUACAACACAAGAAUAUACACACAUACACAAUAUAUUAUAUUAUAUUAUAUUAUAUUAUACUCCAAUUUAUUGAAACACAAUCAACAUAUCUAUAUCCUUCACCUUUAUUUCCCUUUAUACUUUACACAAAUAUAUAUUUAUAUAUAUUUUAUAUUUUUUGCCCCAAUUCUUCAUAAUAAAUCAAUAUACUUACUUUCCACCAAAUGAAA